GUGGCGUUUUCUGCGGCAGUGGACUUGCGAAUUGUUACCACGCAUGGCACCUAGAGCUAAAACUAACGAUGGAGUUCUCCUGUGGGUUGACUGCGAGAUGACUAAUCUUGGUGAUGCCUAUGGGGUUCUUGGGGAGACCGAUCGUUUACUUGAAGUGGCGCUUAUUGUUACUGAUAAACACCUCAACGUUUUACACGAAGGGCCGGAUCUUGUCAUACACCAACCAACUGAGGUGCUAAACGGUAUGAACGAUUGGUGCCGUAAGCAGUUCGGGUGGAAAAAUGGGCAGCCCGUGCCUGCCAUGCUCGCUGAGGAAGUGUUGAAAUCAACGAUCAGUGAGGGAGAAGCUGAUCGACAGCUCGCCGAGGUCGCAGCUGAGUUUGUGAAGGAAGGCCAGGGGCUUUUGGCGGGCAACACUGUUCACGUUGACAAGAGGUUCCUUGAGAAGUACAUGCCGAGGUUCAGUGGUUACUUGCAUUAUCGUGUUCUUGACGUUAGCACAAUAAAAGAGCUUGCCAAGCGCUGGGACCCGGAAACUCUUGAAGCCUUCACUGGAAAACGAGCAACGCAUCGAGCCCUGGAGGAUAUUCAGGACAGCAUCAAUGAACUGAAACACUACAGAGAUUGCGGCUUCAUCAACUGCAAAGUCUCCAAUUGAGUGAACAUUGUUUCUGAGGCUGCGUGG